AUGAGGAAACUCGGCGACAUAAUAAACAGAAUUAAUCCUUAUGCUGCUGCUUACAAAAUGAUGUAUGAAGUAGAACAAGAAGAAAUUGAUCGAGCAGAGAGAGAAAAACGAGCACCACCUCCACUUCGAAUGAUUUUUGAUAUUAAUUAUCGAAUUCACGAUAGACGACUCUACAAUCUUCCAACAGCAAAUGAAGUCGCUGCAGUUUUCGUGGGUGAAGAUAAUGAAGUACCAAGCAAUCGACAUAUUGCUAUUCAUCCACGCUGCAAAGGUCUUCAAACGAUUCCAAUUAUAGACCCCAACUGUGAUCCAAUGAUUUAUCCUCUUUUAUUUCCUCUCGGUGAUGAGGGAUGGCACCCAGGCUUAGAAAAAACCGAUCAAUCACGAAAACGAAAAAGAAUAUCAAUGCUUCAAUUCUACAGCUAUCGAUUGGCUAUUCGUCAAACCUUCAGUACCAUCCACUAUGGAGGAAAAUUAUUGCAGCAAUAUAUUGUCGAUGCCUACGUCAAAACUGAACAAAAUCGCCUUGCAUUUCAUCGACAAAAUCAACAGGCUCUUCGAGUAGAACUAUAUCAAGGCUUGAUGGAUCAUUUGGCGAAUGAAGCAGUGAUAGAAGAAUUAAAACCUGGACGUGUCGUAAUUCUUCCCUCAAGUUUUCAAGGAAGCCCUAGAGCAAUGCAACAAAAUUAUCAAGAUGCAAUGGCAAUUGCCCGAAAAUAUGGAAAACUUGACUUAUUCAUCACAUUUACCUGCAAUCCAGCAUGA